AUGAAGUUGCCUGUGUCAGGGGAUGUAAAAGAGGAAAUUGAAGAAGAAAAUGUGGAGGAGGAAGGAAACCAGGAAGCCAAGGUGUUUCUGAAACCUGUUAUUGAAGACCUAAGCAUGGAACUGGCCAGAAAGUGCACCGAGCUCAUUAGUGACAUCCAUUAUAAAGAAGACUACAGAAAGUCUAAGGACAAGUGUACGUUUGUGACUGACACACCUGUGCUAAAUCAUGUGAAAAAUGUGGGUGCUUUUAUUUCUGAGGCAAAAUACAAAGGUACCAUUAAAGCUGAUCUUUCCAACUGUUUGUAUAAGGACAUGCCUGCCACCAUUGACAGUGUCUUUGCAAGAGAGGUGUCCCAGCUUCAGAGUGAGGUUGCCUACAAGCAGAAGCACGAGGCUGAGAAAGGCUCCUCCGACUAUGCCCACAUGAAGGAACCACCAGAGGUCAAACAUGCCAUGGAGGUCAACAGGCACCAGAGUAAUAUUUCUUACAGAAAAGAUGUGCAAGGCACCCACAUGUAUACCGCAGAGCUGGACAGACCGGAUAUCAAGAAGGCAACUCAGAUCUCCAAGAUCAUAAGCAAUGCAGAAUACAAGAAAGGGCAAGGCGCAGUGAAUAAAGAACCUUCUGUAAUUGGAAGACCAGAUUUUGAACAAGCCAUGGAAGCUUCUAAACUUUCUAGUCAGGUUAAAUAUAAAGAAAAAUUUGAUAAUGAAAUGAAGGAAAAAAGCCACCAUUACAACCCUCUGGGAAGUGCAUCUUUUAGGCAGCACCAGCUUGCUACUGUCCUGGCAAGUGAUGUGAAGUACAAGAAAGAUGUUCAAACCAUGCACGAGCCAGUUUCAGAUCUCCCAAAUUUGUUGUUUUUAGACCAUGCUCUGAAAGCCAGCAAAAUGCUCAGUGGAUGGGAAUAUAAAAAGAAUUUUGAAGAAAAUAAAGGAUUGUAUCACUUUGAUGCCGAAGCUCCUGAACACCUGCACCAUAAAGGCAACGCCACCCUCCAGAGUCAGGUAAAAUACAGAGAAGAAUAUGAGAAAAAUAAGGGGAAGUCCAUGCUUGAGUUUGUUGAGACACCAUUGUAUCAGUCUUCAAAGGAGGCUCAGAAGAUGCGGAGUGAGAAAAUUUACAAAGAAGAUUUUGAGAAGGAAAUUAAAGGAAGGUCCUCACUGGAUUUAGACAAGACUCCUGCAUUUCUACAUGUGAAGCAUAUCGCCAACCUGAUGAGGGAGAAAGAAUAUAAAAAAGAUUUGGAAAAUGAAAUCAAAGGAAAAGGAAUGGAACUUAGUUCAGAAGUUCUUGAUAUUCAGAGAGCAAAGCGAGCAUCGGAGAUGGCCAGCGAGAAAGAAUAUAAAAAGGACCUGGAGUUGGAAAUCAAAGGGAAGGGGAUGCAAAUUGACACCAAUACCCUUGAAAUACAACGUGCCAAAAGAGCUGCCAAGAUAGCCAGUGAGAAAGACUAUAAAAGAGAUCUGGAGACAGAAAUUAAAGGAAAAGGAAUGCAGGUCAGCACAGACACUCUGGAUGUUCAGAGAGCUAAGAGGGCAUCUGAGAUGGCCAGCCAGAAGCAAUAUAAGAAAGAUUUGGAGAAUGAAAUUAAGGGGAGAGGAAUGCAAGUGAACAUGGAUAUCCCAGAUAUGCUUCGGGCCAAGAGGGCAUCUGAAAUCUACAGCCAGAAGAAGUAUAAAGAUGAAGCUGAGAAAAUGCUUUCCAACUAUUCCACUGUGGCGGUCACUCCUGAGAUUCAGAGAAUCAAGACAACACAGCAAAACAUUAGCAACGUAUCUUAUAAGGAAGAGGUAGGAGCUGGCACAGCCGUAAAGAAUACUCCAGAGAUGGAACGAGUGAAGAAAAACCAGCACAAUAUUAGCUCAGUAAAAUUCAAAGAAGGAAUUAAGCAUGCAACAGCAAUUUCUGAUCCUUCUGAGCUAAAGAAAGUUACAGAAAACCAGAAGGACAUCAUCAAUGUCCAGUACAAAGAACAAACCUAUAAGGCCACCCCAGUAACCAUGACCCCAGAGAUUGAGAGAGUGAAGAGGAACCAGGAGCAGCUGAGUGCGGUCAAAUACAAAGGAGAGCUAAAACAGGCAACUCCCAUUUCGGAUCUGCCAGAGCUGAAGAGAGUUAAAGAAAACCAGAAGAAUAUCAGUAAUGUUUAUUAUAAAGGUCAACUGGGAAGGGCUACGGCUUUGAGUGUAACUCCUGAAAUGGAAAGAGUAAAAAAGAAUCAAGAAAAUAUCAGCUCGGUGAAAUACACUCAGGACCAUAAACAAAUGAAAGGUAGACCAUGUCUGAUCUUAGAUACACCUGCUUUGAGACAUGUUAAAGAAGCACAAAAUCAUGUUUCCAUGGUCAAAUAUCAUGAAGAUUUUGAGAAGACAAAGGGGAGAGGCUUCACUCCUGUUGUGGAUGAUCCUGUGACGGAGCGGGUGAGGAAGAACACCCAGGUUGUGAGUGACGCUGCCUAUAAAGGUGUCCAGCCUCAUGUUGUGGAGAUGGAUAGAAGACCUGGGAUCAUUGUUGACCUUAAAGUGUGGCGUACAGAUCCUGGCUCCAUCUUCGACAUUGACCCUCUGGAGGACAAUAUUCAGUCGAGAAGUCUCCAUAUGCUCUCUGAAAAGGCAAGCCAGUACCAGAGACGCCUGUCUCGAUCACAUUCUGGCAGCACGUUUGGUACAGGUCUGGGAGAUGACAAGUCAGAGAUCUCUGAGCUCUACCCUAGCUUUUCAUGCUGCAGUGAGAUAACAAGACCAUCUGACGAAGGAGCACCUGUCCUUCCUGGAGCCUACCAGCAGAGUCAUUCCCAAGGCUAUGGAUACAUGCACCAGACCAGCGUGUCAUCCAUGAGGUCAAUGCAGCAUUCAGCAAAUCUAAGGACCUACCGAGCCAUGUACGACUAUAGUGCCCAGGAUGAAGAUGAGGUUUCCUUCCGAGAUGGUGACUACAUUGUCAACGUGCAGCCCAUUGAUGAUGGCUGGAUGUAUGGCACUGUGCAGAGAACCGGGAGAACGGGCAUGCUCCCAGCAAAUUACAUUGAGUUUGUGAAUUAAUUCUUUCUCCUUGCCCUUUGAGCUUUAUUCUGAUGUAUUCCAAACUCAGUCUUUUUAAAAGAUAGAUGAUACUUUUCAGAUAACUUGGCAAUUAUUUUACAAUAAUGUAUCCUUACUUUGACAAUUAGACACACAGGUACCAGGAAAAGGGAAUUGACUUUCGGGCUGGAAAUGGCAGCAUCCAUAGUAAUUCCUGUAAACAAAACCAUUAGGUCUGGAGACCUGGUGCUGCUAAUUGUGUUUGUGGUUUCAUUCAAUUGGCUAUUCAACCCUUCUGGGAAAUGUAUUUUUGUAGACUUUAAUAGAGAUGUUGAUUGUCCCUUAAAUGUAACAAAUGUAUGAAACUUCUUACCUGUCACUUGGAAUCAUCCAUAACUAAUUCUCAUAGUCCAGCCACACAACCAAUAAUUUAAAAACUGUUCAGCUUUUAAAUCAUUGGGUAAUUUUCAAUUCAAGUGAGAAUCACCUAAUAUAACAAAUGAAAACAGUGGCAGAAUGAGUCUGGUUAAAAUCAUAUUGACUGUAGCCUUAGGGAGACGGCAGGAAACUUAGCCUUUCCCUAGGCCGAGCAGGAGCUAGCUAUUUCUCACGUGUUCUAUGGUGUAGCCUAUUUCCAUUUACGUUCUGUGGAGCAGAGCGUCUGCUCAGGUCCCCAGAAUGUCAGGACCAGGUAACUUCCUAGCUUCUCUGCAAAGGACAAGUCCAAUGUCAUCUGUAUUAUCUCCUGAGUAGUCUCUAUCCUGUUGCAUGUCUUGUGGGCUUGAGCUUCUGUAACAUGGCAGCUGCUUGCCCAUCCUUGUUAUUAAAGUCAACUGUAUGGCCACUCUCUCCCUGCCCUUUCUUCUAGUUGCCCGCUCAUUGGAAAACAUUUUGAAAAGUUGCUUGAGGCUUUCUUGCUGUAUUACACUCUAGUUUUGAAAGACUCAUGCCUUAGGAACUACAUAUAUACUCUAGUAAAUAGGAGAUUUAUGUAUUUACUGGAUAGCUUUCACUCACUUAAUGCCAUCAUUGAUUUAAAAGUGGAGUGAACUGAACAUCACCUGCUGUAAGAGGAAAUGGACUAUAAAAUGGCCGAAAACUGAAAACACAAAACAGCAGAAGCUUGUUCCACAAUUAGACAAUCUGGUCUUAUAAUUUGGCAAUCAGUCUUCAGAUGCUGGGAUGAAAAUCUAGCCUCUAAAUAUGUUCAUAAAAUGACUUUCUUUCUUCAUUCCUGUUAUCGUUUUCUAAGUCAUCUUCAUGGUUAGAUAAAAAAAAAGUCAUCAGUGAUUUUUUUUUUUUUUUGGUGGAGAGGGAGCAUUUAACAGAUAAUUCACUUAGAAACCAAUGUCUUGUUUUGAGUGCAUAUGCAGGAUUCACACACUAUCAUGUCUUAAACUUGUCUGGAAUCUGCAGUUGAGGUUAUCUGGAUGUUGACAUUUAUUGCAACUCUGCUUUUCCCAUGGUGCCUCUUACUAUGACUUGCAGCUUGGUGGCAUUCAUGUAGGCUCAGAGUCUGAAGAGAGCCGAGUCACAAAUGUAAGAGGAUACUGGGACUGUUGGAAUAUCUACUUAUCGCAAUAUGUUCAAGGAAAUAAACAAAUUAUCCACAAUGAAAACCAUUUGAAUGAAAUGUUUAUGAGGCCAAAGCCCAAUGUUGGUUCAUGUAAACCUUUGGAAAGUGAGCCCAUACUUUUGAAAACCAUUAGUUUCCUUAGAUUUGCCUUAAAGAAAAGUUUAAUUACACUAAGCUGUAUUUCUGUGACACUGAUAGAAAACUGAAGAAGAAAAUUCUGCAAAUAACUAGAGAUUUUUCUGGAGAGGUAGAUUUUUUUUUUUUAGACUUAUAAAUAAGUAGCUUAUCUAAUAUCGUGUAAUUUAAGUAACUAGUCACGAUUAACCGUCCUAACUGCUUUUAUGUCUUGAACACACACCUACAAAGAUAAAUUUCACUUGCAAAUAAUUUGCAAAAAUCUGUACACUAAAAACAAGGGUGAUAAGCUGGCUCAAUUAUGUUAUGUGUCUUUUAUGCUUCCCCAGGCAGACCAUUUGUGUGUGUGUUUGUGACUUUUUUUUUAAGAGAAAGUAGUCAUUAAUGAAAAUGUCAAGAUAAAUGCAGGGCAGGUAUGAUUUUGAUAAUAGCAUCUGUGCAGGAAGCUCAACAGAAGCUGACUUUGAAAUGAUGCUUAACCUUUGCUAGUCCCCACAAAGUAGCGGCUCGAUGGUCCAUGUUUUUGCCACUCAUUAAUUUCAAAGUCAGACUUGAUGAAUGUGAGAGCCAGUACAUAUUUAAGAAAUAGUCAUCCUAAAUAUUGAGCUUCACAUAAUGCUUGCAUAGCAAGAUAUUUCUGUUUCAAGUCUUUCAGAAUGAAGAUGUGAUCUGGAUUCCUCAAAGGGCAGUUGUUUUCCAUACAGACUGAGGCAAAGCAAUAUACGGCAUGCUUUUGUGGUUAUGCAUUGAACCUAGAUGUGUCAUAGCCAGGUGCCAUCUUUUGCAGCAUCUUUUUUUUUGUUUUUAAAUACUAUAUUCUUAGCACCCUUUUCCACUUUCCAUAUACUUCCCUCCCACUUGCAGUUUGGCACCCAGUAUGUCACAUGCAACAUUGACAGUUAUAGAAGAAAUUACAAACAAGCCCCUUAGAAAUUGGAGUCAAAGGAGACUAAAUGCCAAGCACAGAGAGCAUGCACCUUUUCCUAUCUGAUGGAUUCCAAGCUUGACAGAAGCACAAGAAGCCACUUGAUACACUUCUCAAAGGCUGAAAACAAAUGUAUUUGGUUCAUAUUCCUCUUGAGAAAAGUUUAGCAACUGAAUACAAUGCUUUUGCUAUAAGCUUUUGUAGUAGAUUUAAGAAAAAAAAAACAUUUCUUGUUCUCUAGAAAGCUUUCUCUUUCUAACCUGUGACAAAAUGAAUACUUCAUGUUUUCAUUUUGCUUGCACAUCGGAAGCACGGCCCAGUUUGAAACUUUGAUCUGGUUUUCAUUGUCCAUGGAGGGUCUGCAUAUUCCCAGGUCUCCCAGCCUCUACACAGCACCCAGGAAUGUCUAAGCACAAUUUCCACAAAGCAUCUUGUAAGGGGAUGGAAGACAUUAGUCCAGUCUCUCUCUUGCCACUAGGCCCUUUGCUUGAAGAUGAUAAUGUUAUUGGUCACAGAUCCUCUUUAUGCUGGGGGGUCCAGGAAUUAGGGGAAAACCUUUUCCAUAAUUGAGAGCAAGCGACACACCUACUUUUCAGGUUCAUCCACCUCCAGUGGAAUGCUUUCAGUCAAAUGAGAAAGAAAAUAUGUGUGAUCUCUAAUAAUACAGCUCUAUAUUCAGUAGAUAUAGUUCAUACUAAGGUUAUAAUAGAGAUAUAUAAAAAUAGGUGCCUUUUUGAUUAUGCUUGUUUAUCAAUAUGGUCUUGGAAAGGAAACCAAGCAAGCAAGCUUCUGCAUAUUCUAUAACAAUAUUUUAUGAUACAUGAUUGAUAUUUUUGUGGUGAGAAGUGGGAUGCCCUUGACAGAAAGAUAUUACAGGUGGUAGCUGGUUGUAUUUUCCUUCUAAAGGUUUAUAAUGUUAGAAAAUGCUGACUUAUUCAAUUUUCUGAAAAGUUUUUUUUUGUGGAUUUACAUAUAGUUGAGAUAUAUAAGCAUUAAGUUUAGGUUUGGUGUUUAAAGUACUUAUGGUGAGAUAGAUUAGUUAUAUUAUGAGGCUGAAUUCACUGCAUAAUUGAACUUUAUGACUUGAUUAUAUUUUAACCGUUUGCCUCUGAUAAUCUGUUGUGGCUUGUACUGCACUGAUAAUCUGAAUUAUCACUGCAUUGUAUGGGGUAAUACAACAUGGUAACAGCUUCAGUUAAGCAGAGCUUUGUAAACUAAUUUAAAGAUGCUAAAAAUGAAAGUCUCUCUGAAGUAUUCCAUGCCCCUUAAGAUCCUUCUCCAGGCAAAUAGCUGUCCAUAACUGAUGACUGAAAAUGUCAAGACAUUGUGUAAAACUUCUGUGGUCAUCAUUUCAGGAUGUAUAAGACCACUAGCAUCCUUAUGCCUGAAAGGUUCUCUGGGAAAAUGUCCUUCCCAAUCAUCUGUAACUUCAGUAUAUCUACAGGAUAUCCCCAUGUUUAUUGUGUCUGCUAUAUUGUAUCCUGGUUGUAUAGCACACACUUCACUGUUGUCAAUUAUUGGUGGUUUAAGAUGAUUUCCUUUAAAGAAGAGAGAGAACACUGCAUUGCAGCAUCCUUCCUUUGAGUCUAUACAAUGAAUUACUGAGCAUUUUGGAAGUAGCAACAAGUGUGUAACAGGCAUGACAUUUGUGGAAGUGUUGGCUUUUGACCUGUGAUAAAAACACAAAUUUGAAUGAUGUAGUUUGGCUUCUGUUUGCUUUGAAAUAUGCACAGUUGUGGUUUGUGAUUAAAUUGUAAAAUUGUACUCACUUUGAGAACAUAAUGAUUUUGGAAGAAACAUUAAAUGUUUUCCCCCAAUGGAAUGGGAUCACAGAAUGAUAUAAGGUUAUUAGUAUAAUUUGGCUUUUGUUAUGCAAGUGUUAACACCAGCUAUUAAAAUAUAUUUUAGUACAAAUGCUUUAAUUCAUGUCUUUUUCCUCUACACUGUGAAUCUUAAGCCUUGGUGGACUAGAGACACAUUGUGAUGUCCAACGGACUAACCUAUGCAAAUGAGUUCACAUCUUCUAUCGAUGUCACAGUAUACAUGUGAUAAGUCAUUAUUUCUCCUCAAAAUGUACAGCAGUAUUGAAAUAACAAAGGAAGCCCAGCCUCCCGUGCAUUGCACUGUAGUCCCUCACAAUCCCUCCAAGGCUACUGAAAUCAUUAGUAUUUAUGUAAAUCAUACUGGUAUGUAUUGAACAAUCCCAGGUGGAAAAUGACAGGCAUCUUGACUGGCUUUUAUAGAACUAUGUUCUCACAUAUUCUCUGUUCAGGGUCUUGGUAUUCUGUGUCUUCUAUCUGUAUUUGUAAAGCCUUAUGAUGAAUUGGUUUCCUAUCAGCACACUCGGUUUGCUUAAAUAAAUUCAGGAUGUAAACACAA